AUGUCAAAGCGCUUCGAAAAAUCGUUAAGCCUUGCGACUGAUUCGAACGUAUUGGAAACCGACUGGGAUGCCGUACUCGAUUGUGUUGAUCAAAUACGAGGGGGAGAAGCAAAGGCUCCGGAAGCAAUGGUUCUUGUGCUUUCCCGCUUAAAGAGUGAAAAUCCUCAUGUUGUUCUUCAUGCACUUAUUCUUUUGGAAGCAAUGGUAAAGAACUGCGGAAAAAAGGUUCACAAUGAGCUUGCAACUCGCGAAUUUAUGGAGGGAAUCAAAGAACUGGCUAUUGAAGCAAAAGCAGAAACAGUCAAAACGAAAGUUCUCGAAUUACUACAGUGCUGGGCGAUGGCUUUUGCGAACAAAGCGGAAUACAAAAUAAUCGUCGACACCCACAACUUGAUGAAAUUGGCUGGUUUUGAUUUCCCGUCAGUUAAAGAAGCAGCUGCGAUGUUUGCUUCACAAGUGGCUCCAGAAUGGGAAGAAGGAGCAAACUGUUAUAGGUGUCGUUCCGAAUUCACCUUUCUUACGCGGAAACAUCACUGUCGCGCUUGUGGUCAAAUCUUCUGCCAUGGAUGUAGCAGCAAAGAAAUGUUGUUGCCACAAUUCGGAAUUGAAAAACCUGUGCGUGUUUGUGAUGCCUGCUACGAGAAGGGAGUUGGUGUUGCCCUUAGCAAACAAUCAGCAACUCCAGCUCGGCCUAAGGAAUCUUCGUACAACCCUGCUGCAACCGAUCCUGGAGCUGAAGAGCGGGAACGACAAGCAAGACUCGCGAGGGAAAAAGAAGAAGAGGACUAUCAACUUAGUCUGGCCAUGGCUAUCUCUCAAAGCGAAGCGGAAGCAAAAGAAAAAGAAAGGGCAAAUUCACUUUACUCGUUUUACAAUGGCGUGAAAGAUCAAGUUAGCAGUCACGUGUCAUCGCCCAUGAACGAUACCAUGUCGAUUGCUCCUUCGGAACACAUCGGUGUUUAUAAAGGAGCCGCUGAUAGUGUUCGAGAAUCGCCUUCUGAGAAUUCAUUGAAUGCUGAUGAUCCUCUUGCACGUUAUCUUAACCGCGAUUAUUGGCAGCAACGAAAAGAAAAAGCAAACGCAAAAGUCGAAAGUUGGGACGUCAAUCCAUCAGCGCCAUUGCCAAGCGAACCUUCUUUGGGAGGAAGCAGCUACGUUCCUACUGUGCGUGGAAGUCCCCCUCCAAACAAUCAAAAAGAACUGGUCUAUUCGACUGGUCUUUCUUCCCUUGAUGAGGAGACUCUCCAAAAAAGUGAAGAUACCAAGAAAUUUUGUGCUGAUGUCAAUGAACAGGUAGAAUCGAUGGAAAACAGAAUUCGAUCGAAUAUGGCUCGUGGUCGACCAAUUUACAACGACACGGCUAUUCAGGGAAUCUACAUGCGUCUCACUGAGCUUCACUCACAAGUCAUGCAACGACUGAAUGACUUGGAACAACAAAGAGUUUAUUUUGAGUCUUUGCAAGAUCAACUCGGUCACAUUACGGAAGCUCGUGCGGCCGUUAACUCUUUGCGGGAGGAAGAAGCUAGAAAAAGAGCGGAAAUCGCAGCGGAAGAACAACGCGUUCGUCAGCUGCAAAUGCAGCAUAAAUUGGCUGCGAUGCGACAACAAAAACAUGAUAUGCUAUUGUAUCAGCGACAAGUUGCCAUUCAACGUUUUCAACAACAGGAGGCUGAAAUGGCUGCUCGCCGUUCACAGCAAUUCUACUCACCAGCUAGCUACACUUCUCCACAAGUGCAACAAUAUCCGUACAGCCAAAUACCGAUGCAGCAAUACCCAAAUCAAACUCUGAAUCAAACAUAUGGUGUUUAUCAGCAGACGACUCCACAAAUGCAACCGAAUUUGCAACAACAACCACAGCAACCAUAUCCUGGACAGCAAGUUAACGGAACUGGGAAUUAUCCCCUUGUUCAUCAAAACCCGAACGGAUAUUCGGAUGGUGGUCAGAUACAACAUGGUGCUUACUUGCCUCAUGCCACUCAAUCGGCAAAUAAUGUACAUCAAGUGGUUGCGAAUGACGCUAUUCAACAAGGAUAUCAACAAUCCGUUCAUAAUUCCCAGCAACAAUAUCAACCGUCUCAAGCAUACGAUCCCGCCGCAAACAAUUCUCAAUAUAACGUUGCAACCACUGCACCUUCAACAAAUCAAUAUUAUCAACAACACAAUUAUCAGGCGCCAGUGAACAAUGUAGCUCAACAUCAUUAUCAGGAAGGCGUGCUUGUGCCCAACGCUCCCGUUCAGCAAGUGCCCGCUAACUAUCUUCCUCAGGCAAACGUUCAGCCUUCAGAUCCAAACGCAGCUCAAGAAGGAUUACUCAUUUCUUUUGAC